UACUUUCCCCCAGUCUGAAGCCCCAACUCUCCUCCCCGGCUUCUUACUGGGUGCAGGACUACAGCACAUCCUCGUCGGUCAAAGAACUUUUAUUUUCGAGGUUCCACGCCGGAAACGCGGUGUGGCGCCCUGCUCCGCGUCAGCUUGACGCUUCUGAUGUCAGUCCGAAAACGAGCGAGCAAACAUCACAGUGGUGAGCCUGGGCGGUCAGGGAGGGUCUCCAUCAGGCGUCUGAAGUCCACUUCACCGCUCAGCUGGGUCUGCCUGUCUGUCUGUCCGCCUGUCUGUCUCUCUGUGGGCGGGGGGACUCGGCUGCAGCGGGAGGAUGCUCCCCUCCUGACGGGAAUCAGGACUUUCCUCUGCCGUCAUCCGGCCGGGAUGCUGCGGUCUGAGCCCGGGGCUUCUCCCCUCCUCUGCCCGCUGAAGUUGGCUCCUCCGCGGGAUUGAGCACUUGUUUUUGUCGCUCUCGCUCCGGAACUGCCCGGUCAUUUCACAGUGGAAAUAAUCCGCUUCUUUUAUUUUGGAAUUGUGGAUUAUUAUUCCGUCCUGUCCUCCUCCUGACUCCUGACUCCGGUGGAUUUCACUCACGCACAGAUUUGUGAAUGAGUCUGUGAGCCGGUGGCACCGGCCGCAGGGACCGGGGCCGGUACUGAGGUCGGGGAUUAGUGUGAGGAGGGAUUAUAUUUUCCAGGAGCAGAAUCCUCCAUCCGUUGCUGUUUUCUCUCUUUCUCGUGUUUCGGACACGACGAGAACUUUCCAGACUCGUUCGGGUAUUUUCCGUCUUUCUCACACUCUUCAUCGUUCAGUUUCACUUUGGAAAAGUGAAUCAUCAUCAUCAUCAUCAUCAUCAUCAUCAUCAUCAUCAUCUGCAGCGUGUUUGUGUGGCUGAGUAAAAACGCGGAAUAUUCCAGAUUGAAGCGGAAAUUAGGAAUGAGGCUCAGAGGGCGCUCGUUCAGAGUCCAAAAGUUCAGCUCACGUCUUCACUGAAGCUGUUUAAUACCGCAAGGCACGAUGGGAUCGUCACAACCUGACGGCGGCAGGUGAAGCUCGUGUGGAAGCUGACGUCUGAUCACCUGCUGCAACUUUAAUAGCUGAUGUUAAGAUGUAGAAACUAUGGAAACACUUCAGAAAUGACCAGAGAAACGCCUUGAAUACCACGAAUACACAAAGGAAGUACACGUUUCUACAGCAAACCCCAAAGCAUCUGCAGGUUGACGUCGCCGUCGUGUCAGCUCACUGCUGACAAACCCGAGCUGGACUGCAGACUCUGAAAGCAGGACCGAAGCCGCGCUGUCCCGUCAGAUGAGUGACCAUGUCGGACCGGAGCGCCCCCGGCUGCCGCCUCAGACUGGACUGGGUCUACGGGUACCGGGGUCACCAGUGCCGCAAUAACCUGUACUACACCGCCGGGAAGGAGGUGGUGUACUUUGUGGCCGGAGUCGGCGUCGUUUACAACACCAGAGAGCACAGCCAGAGGUUCUACCUGGGACACAACGAUGACAUCAUCAGCCUGGCGUUGCACCCGGAGCGCUCCCUGGUGGCGACUGGUCAGGUGGGAAAGGACCCCUAUGUGUGUGUGUGGGACUCCUUCACUGUCCAGACCGUCUCCCUGCUCCGCGACGGACACACACACGGCAUCGCGUGCCUGGCGUUCAGCGCUGACGGACAGCGGUUAGCCUCAGUCGGUCUGGAUGCCAAGAACACAGUGUGUAUCUGGGAGUGGAAGAGAGGGAAGAUCCUGGCCACAGCCACUGGACACUCAGACAGGAUCUUCGAUAUCUGCUGGGAUCCGUUUCAGCAGAGCCGUCUGGUGAGCUGUGGAGUCAAACACAUCAAGUUCUGGUCCCUGUGUGGAAACGCCCUCACUCCAAAGAGGGGUAUUUUUGGGAAGACGGGUGACUUGCAGACCAUCCUGUGUGUCGCGUCUGCUAAAGAUGACAUCACAUACUCGGGAGCACUCAAUGGAGACAUUUACAUCUGGAAAGGACUCACCUUGAUACGAACGGUUCAGGCCGCCCACGGGGCUGGUAUCUUCAGCAUGUAUUCCUGUGAGGAGGGUUUCGCCACAGGAGGCAGAGACGGCUGCGUCCGACUGUGGGACGUCGACUUCAAACCGAUCACCAAGAUCGACCUGCGAGAGGCCGAGCAGGGAUACAAAGGUCUGUCUAUUCGCAGCGUCUGCUGGCGAGCCGACCGUAUCCUGGCAGGAACGCAGGACAGCGAGAUCUUUGAGGUGAUGGUGAGGGAUCGGGACAAGCCGCUGCUCAUCAUGCAGGGACACAGCGAAGGCGAGCUCUGGGCGCUGGACGUUCACCCCAAAAAGCCUCUGGCUGUGACCGGCAGCGACGACCGCUCCGUCAGGUUGUGGAGUCUGGUGGAUCACGCCCUCAUCGCUCGGUGUAACAUGGAAGAGGCGGUGCGGAGUGUGGCGUUCAGCGUGGACGGAUACCAGCUGGCUCUGGGCAUGAAGGACGGAUCGUUCACCGUGCUGAGAGUCAGAGACAUGACGGAGGUCGUUCACAUCAAAGACAGGAAGGAGGUGAUCCACGAGAUGAAGUUUUCCCCAGAUGGAGCGUACCUCGCUGUUGGCUCCAAUGACGGCCUUGUGGACAUCUACGCUGUCGCACAGAGAUACAAGAAGGUAGGAGAGUGCAGUAAAUCCACCAGUUUCAUCACACACCUGGACUGGUCUCUGGACAGCAAAAUUCUGCAGACCAACGACGGUGCUGGAGAACGUCUCUUCUAUCGGAUGCCCAUGGGGAAGCCAGUCGUCAGUAAAGAGGAGGUGAAAGGUCAGUGUUGGGCAUCUUGGAGUGGCGUCCUGGGCUCAGAAGUCAGCGGCAUCUGGCCUAAAUACUCUAACCAAACUGAGAUCAACGCCGUGGAUGCCAAUCACGCUGCCGGCGUACUCGUUACAGGAGACGACCUCGGCCUCGUUAAGCUCUACCGUUUCCCCUGUCUGAGGAAAGGAGCCAAGUUCAAGAAGUACAUCGGUCACUCAGCCCAUGUGACCAACAUCCGCUGGUCACAUGACCUGCAGUGGGUGCUGACCACGGGUGGGGCUGACCACGCCCUCUUCCAGUGGAGGUUUCUGCCAGAGUCAGUCAUGAAUGGAGGACUGGACAUGAACUUACAAGACAGCCACGGGGACUCCAACAGUGAGGAGUCGGACAGCGACGUGUCGGAUGUCCCAGAGCUCGACUCUGACAUUGAGCAGGAGACACAGAUCAACUACGACAGACAGGUGUAUAAGGAGGACCUGCCUCAGCUGCGACAGCAGAGCAGAGAGAAGAAGCAGCAGGUUGGGUCUCUGAAGAGACAGAGAGGACCGGACCAAGGCCUCCGGCUGCAGUUUGUGCACGGGUACCGCGGUUACGACUGCCGGAACAACCUGUUCUACACUCAGGGCGGGGAGGUGCUGUACCACGUGGCGGCUGUGGGCGUCGUCUACAACCGGCAGCUGCACAGCCAGCGCUUUUACCUCGGCCAUGACGACGACAUCCUGAGCCUCAGCAUCCACCCACUGAAGGACUACGCUGCUUCAGGACAGGUGGGAAGGGAUCCAGCCAUCCACGUGUGGGACAUCCAGACCCUGAAGUGUCUCUCUUUGCUGAAAGGUUUCCAUCAGAGGGGAGUGUGUGCUCUGGACUUCUCAGCUGAUGGAAAGAGUCUGGUGUCGGUUGGAGUCGACGAUGGACAUUCAGUUGUAGUUUGGGACUGGAAGAGAGGAGAGAAACUCGCCACUGCAAGGGGUCACAAGGAGAAGAUCUUUGUGGUGAAGUGUAAUCCCAUGCUGAUGGACAAACUGGUCACUGUGGGAAUCAAACACAUCCAGUUCUGGCAGCACGCAGGUGGCGGUCUGACCUUCAGGCGUGGUGCGUUCAGGAGCGUCGGCCGGCCGGAGACCAUGAUGUCUGUGUGUUACGGGCGCAGCGAGGCGUUAGUGUUCUCUGGCGCCGCCACCGGAGACGUUUACAUCUGGAAGGAACCGCUGCUGCUGAAGACGGUGAAAGCUCACGAUGGACCAGUGUUCGCCAUGUUCUCCCUCGACAAGGGCUUUGUGACUGGCGGGAAGGACGGCGUGGUGGAGCUGUGGGACGACAUGUUCGACCGCUGCCUGAAGACCUACGCCAUCAAGAGAGCCGCGCUGUCCCCGGGCUCUAAAGGUCUGCUCCUGGAAGACAAUCCCUCCAUCAGGGCCAUCACUCUGGGUCACGGCCACAUCCUGGUGGGAACCAAAAACGGAGAAGUUCUGGAGAUCGACAAGACGGGACCAAUGACCCUGCUGGUGCAGGGUCACAUGGAGGGUGAGGUCUGGGGUCUGGCCCCUCACCCCCUCCUCCCCAUCUGUGCCACCGUCAGUGAUGAUAAAACCCUGCGACUGUGGGAGACGUCAGCCAAUCACCGCAUGGUGGCCGUCCGCAAGCUGAAGAGAGGCGGUCGCUGCUGUGCUUUCUCUCCUGAUGGGAAGGCGUUGGCGGUGGGUCUGAGUGACGGCGGCGUGCUGGUGGUGAACGCCGACACGCUGGAGGACCUGCUGAGCUUCCACCAUCGCCGCGACGCGAUCUCUGACGUCCGCUUCACCCCAGACUCAGGUAAAUUCCUGGCUGUGGCGUCACAUGACAGCUUCGUGGACGUCUACAACGUGCUGAGCAGCAAGAGAGUCGGCAUCUGCAAAGGAGCCUCCAGUUACAUCACACACAUCGACUGGGACGCCCGAGGUAAACUGCUGCAGGUGAACACAGGAGCCAAAGAACAACUUUUCUUCGAAGCUCCAAGAGGAAAAAGACAAACCAUCAAAACGUCUGAGCUGGAGCGGAUCGAGUGGUCCAGCUGGACUUGCGUUCUGGGUUCGAGCUGUGAGGGGAUCUGGCCGACCCACAGUGACAUCACAGACAUCAACGCGGCGUCGCUGGCCGGAGACCGGACGCUGCUCGCCACCGGAGACGACUUUGGCUUCCUCAAGCUGUUCAGCUUCCCUGUUCGAGGUCAGUUCGCUCGGUUUAAACGUUACCUGGGCCACAGCGCGCAGGUGACGAACGUCCGCUGGGCUCAGGACGACUGCGCCCUGCUGACGGUGGGCGGGGCCGACACCGCCCUGAUGAUCUGGGCGAGGGAGCGAGGAGGUGGGGUCAGCGGAGAGGGGGAGGGGCCUUUGUGUCGCGACAACCGCCCGCCCGUGGACAGCGAGGAGUCGGACGACGACAUCGAGGAGGACGGAGGCUACGACAGUGACGUUGCCUGGGAGAAGACGGUGGAUUACACCACUAAACUGUACGCUGUCAGCCUGAGACAGAUGAGAGGAACCAAACCUCACCAACAGCUGAAGGAAAUGUCUGCAGAGGAGAGGCCUCCAGUGAGUCGAGCAGCACCGCAACCUGAGAAACUCCAGAAGAACAACGUCUCCAAGAAGAAGAGACUGGUGGAGGACCUGAUUUUGGAUCACGUCUUUGGCUUUCGGGGCUUCGAUUGUCGUAACAACCUGCACUACCUCAACGAUGGCACUGACAUCGUCUACCACACUGCCUCCACCGCCAUCGUCCACAGUCUCAGCACCGGAACUCAGAGCUUCUACCUGGAACACACUGAUGACAUCCUGUCUUUGACCGUCAACCAGCACCCGAAAUACAAAAACAUCAUCGCCACAGGACAGAUCGGUGACGUCAGUGAACUCCCAGGCACCACUCCUUCCGUCCACGUGUGGGAUGCGAUGAGUAAACAGACCCUGUCCAUCCUGCGCUGUCCUCACACUAAAGGCGUCGGCUACGUUAACUUCAGCGCCACGGGGAAGCUGCUGCUGUCUGUCGGAGUGGAACCUGAACACACCAUCACCGUGUGGCGCUGGCAGGAGGGCUCCAAGGUGUGCAGUAAGGCCGGUCACCCGGACCGGAUCUUCGUGGUGGAGUUCCGUCCGGACUCGGACUCCCAGUUUGUGUCGGUGGGAAUCAAACACGUGAAGUUCUGGACGCUGGCCGGCGGCGCUCUGAUGUACAAGAAGGGCGUGGUGGGAACGGUGGAGGACGGCAGGAUGCAGACGAUGCUGUCGGUCGCCUUCGGUGCUAACAACUUGACGUUCACGGGGGCCAUUAACGGGGACGUGUACGUGUGGCGGGAUCACUUCCUGCUGAGGGUGGUGGCGAAGGCUCACACCGGGCCGGUCUUCACCAUGUACACCACGCUGAGGGACGGCCUCAUCGUCACCGGCGGCAAAGAGAGGCCGACGAAGGAGGGCGGGGCGGUGAAGCUCUGGGAUCAGGAGAUGAAACGCUGCCGGGCGUUCCAGCUGGAGACGGGACAGCAGGUGGAGUGCGUCCGAUCCGUCUGCAGGGGCAAGGGUAAGAUCCUGGUGGGGACAAAGGACGGGGAGAUCAUCGAGGUCGGGGAGAAGAACGCGGCGUCCAACCUGCUGCUGGACAGUCACGCUCGGGGAGGAAUCUGGGGUCUGGCCGCCCAUCCUGUGAAAGAGCUCUGCGUCACGGCGAGCGACGACGCCACCAUCCGACUGUGGGACCUCACCGACAAGAAACUGCUGAACAAAGUGUGUGUGGGCCACGCGGCUCGGUGUGUGAGCUACAGCGCGGACGGAGAGAUGCUGGCCGUGGGGAUGAAGAACGGCGAGUUCCUCCUCCUCCUCACCAACUCUCUGAAGAUGUGGGCCAAGAAACGAGACCGCAGCGCCGCCAUCCAGGACAUCCGGUUCAGUCCGGACCGGCGGAUGCUGGCGGUCGGUUCCGUUGAGAACACGGUGGAUGUUUACGAUGUGAGCGGAGGACCGAGUCUGAACCGACUGGUUUACUGCAGCGACAUCCCAGCAUUCAUCCUGCAGCUCGACUUCUCUGCUGACAGCUGCUACAUACAAGUGUCCACAGGAGCUUAUAAGCGGCAGGUGUUUGAGGUUCCUUCAGGGAAGUUGGUAAGCGACCAGGCCAUCAUCGACAGAAUCACCUGGGCAACCUGGACCAGCAUCCUGGGAGAUGAAGUUUUGGGAAUUUGGCCCCGAAAUGCAGACAAAGCUGAAGUCAACUGUGCGUGUGUGUCUCACGCCGGCCUGAACGUCGUCACCGGCGACGACUUCGGAUUGGUCAAACUGUUCGACUUCCCCUGCACAGAGAAGUUUGCCAAACACAAACGCUACCUCGGCCACUCAGCUCACGUGACCAACAUCCGCUUCUCCCACGAAGACAAAUACGUGAUCAGCACGGGAGGAGACGACUGCAGCGUGUUCGUAUGGAAAUGCCUGUAAACGCUUCAGAUUCCGCCGCCCGGCGCCGCUUUUCUCCAAAGCGCCUUAACAGCCACCACGAGGGGGAAUCGAACCCGCGACCCCAAUGUCUUCGCGCCUCAGUUUGUCACGCAGAGUUCGGAAGCUGGAGACUCGCUGCUGCAGUUCUGUUCUGGUUGGCUUCAAACUACAAUCACGAACAGGAACAGGAAGUGACUCUGAACAGGAAGAAGCACCAGAUGUUUUCCCUGGUUGAACUGAAGCACAGACCUGCCCAGUUAGAAGCCACCCUGACGGCCUCGCGGUGCGUCGCUGCUGUGGUCGGCGUCCUCGCGUGACAAACAGACCGCACCUCCAGGUCGUCCGAUGACCACGUGACCAAACACACAACGCCAUUUCAGAUGUUCCCAAAGAAAAAGCGUCCGAAGCAGCUCGGCGUCUCGUCUGUCCAGGAGUCACAUGUGGAAAACUCAGACAGACGUGAGUGCGUGUCGUCGUGUCGUAUGAAUCCCAGUCAGCUGAUGGCGUCCGCUCCCAACGUGAGCCUUAAAUGAAAGGAAACCCGCCGUUAAAGGGCGAGUUCACACGUUUUCAGGUCUUAAAUCAGUGCGCGCAGAGCAGUCACUGGUAAAUCUGAUCACAUCGGCGCCGUUUUAC